GGAAGAGUAAACAAAAACCAGCACACCGUCACCAACAGAUAAAUCGUGUUUAUUCCUUAACCCUUGCUAGUGAGUUAGGUGGGGGGGCACUCUAAAAGCAGAAAGAAAAGAAGAAACUGGUGGUGUGCAAUUGCAAAGGAGGAACUAGGAAGACAACUUAAAAGAGAGAGAGAGAGAGAGAGAUCAGAGAAGGGUUUGAGUUUCAAUGGCGAACAUAGAUAUCGAAGGGAUCUUGAAGCAGCUGCCAAAUGAUGGGCGUGUUCCCAAGACAAAAAUUGUUUGUACUUUGGGUCCUGCUUCUCGAUCUGUAGAAAUGACCGAGAAACUUCUUAAGGCUGGGAUGAACGUUGCACGUUUCAAUUUUUCUCAUGGUACUCACGACUAUCAUCAGGAGACCCUCAACAAUCUUAAGACUGCUAUGCAUAACACUGGAAUACUCUGUGCCGUCAUGCUCGACACAAAGGGACCUGAGAUUCGGACUGGUUUUCUGAAAAAUGGGAAACCUAUUACACUUAAAGAAGGACAAGAAAUCACCAUAACUACUGAUUAUGAUAUUAAGGGGGAUCAGGAGAUGAUAUCGAUGAGUUACAAGAAACUGCCUUUCCACUUGAAGGCUGGAAAUACUAUACUGUGCUCUGAUGGAACAAUCACUCUCACUGUCUUGUCUUGUGAUCCAGGUGCUGGUACUGUUAGAUGUCGUUGUGAAAACACUGCAACGUUGGGUGAGAGGAAAAAUGUUAAUCUACCUGGUGUUGUUGUGGAACUUCCCACUCUUACUGACAAGGAUAAGGAAGAUAUUCUUGAAUGGGGUGUCCCUAACAAUAUUGACAUGAUUGCUCUUUCAUUUGUUCGUAAGGGCUCAGAUCUUGUUAAUGUCCGAAAGGUUCUGGGGCCACAUGCGAAGCAUAUUCAGUUGAUGUCUAAGGUUGAGAACCAGGAGGGAGUCAUGAAUUUUGAUGAGAUCUUGCGUGAGACUGAUGCAUUCAUGGUGGCACGUGGUGAUCUUGGAAUGGAGAUCCCAGUUGAAAAGAUUUUCCUGGCUCAGAAGAUGAUGAUAUAUAAGUGUAAUCUUGUUGGCAAGCCUGUGGUCACUGCUACCCAGAUGCUUGAGUCAAUGAUAAAGUCUCCUAGGCCAACCCGAGCUGAAGCAACUGAUGUAGCUAAUGCGGUUCUUGAUGGAACAGAUUGUGUCAUGCUUAGUGGUGAGAGUGCAGCUGGGGCUUACCCUGAGCUUGCUGUGAAAAUCAUGGCUCGCAUUUGUAUUGAAGCGGAAUCAUCCCUCGACUAUGGUGCUAUCUUCAAAGAGAUGAUAAGGUCUACUCCCUUGCCUAUGAGUCCGUUGGAAAGCCUUGCAUCAUCUGCUGUUCGAACAGCCAACAAAGCCAAAGCAAAACUCAUUGUUGUGCUGACACGUGGCGGGAGUACUGCUAAGUUGGUUGCUAAGUAUAGGCCAGCAGUUCCAAUCUUGUCAGUGGUGGUUCCAGUUCUGACAACAGACUCAUUUGAUUGGACCUGCAGUGAUGAGACACCAGCAAGGCACAGCUUAAUAUACAGGGGCUUGAUUCCUAUAUUGGCCGAAGGAUCUGCCAAAGCUACUGAUGCUGAAUCUACUGAAGUAAUUCUGGAAGCUGCUCUUAAGUCCGCAACAGAAAAGGGGCUUUGUAAGCCUGGUGAUGCAGUUGUUGCCCUUCAUCGUAUUGGAGCUGCUUCUGUUAUAAAGAUCUGCUUAGUGAAAUGAUAUGCUGCUAGAUUGCAGAAUGUGUUAUUCGCCUGAGUGGCACAAACUGAUGCAGAGUUAUGUUUUGGCUUUGACUUGUUAAACUUUGUGCUGUUUGUCCUUUAUUCGCUUCAGUUCAGACAGAUUGAGCGGGUUUUUGUAUUCUCUCUUAAUAUAACGGAGUACUUCUAGAUUUGAGAUCGUUAUGAAAAUAAUUCGUA